AUGAGUGUUUCCCAGCCAAAUUGGGUUUUGCCUGUGGUUCUUGAGCUGAUUACAGCCUUGUGUUUUUUGUUCGUGGCAUUAUACCCGCCGGCAGCCAAAAUCACCCCUGAUUCCCAUGCCACAAACACGCCACUAACGCGUGUUUUGCUCGUGGCGUUUGCGCUCUUGUGUCCGCUAACGCUGUGGGCUCUCCUUCCCUCCGAAAGUUUGACAGCCAACAUGGAAAAAUGGCUGCUAAAAAAUCCCGCCGACAACAGCUUGCCUAGCGGUCUCUUUUCAUCGUACGCCUUUUACAACGCUGGCGCUUGCACCGUUGUGGGCGCAUGUGUGUUUGUGGCCUACAUGCGCUUGCUGGAACGCUACUACCAGUGUGCGCAGAGUAAGGGCGAGUGGCACCUUCAGCAGAGUAAGGACAAGGAGCAGCGCGUUUCGUUUGCGUUGGAUAUGGAGGGAACGGCCCCCACGCUACAAGCGGAGCAGGCGGGAUUCCCACGCGAAACAAGACGGCGGGCCGGCGUUUUUGCAGCCAUCUUUGCCGCGUGCGUGCUUUUGUUGCCCACGCACAUGCAAUACACUUUUGCCUACACCAUCGUGGACGGCGCAUGGCUCCGCAUAACGUCGGACCACGUGUGGGCUAGCGCCGCUCUCUUUUUUGCUGCGGAGAUGGCGCGGCGCUUGUGGUUUGGCUUCACCCAUUUUCCUGCAGGCUUCUGCAAGGGUCUUUUUGCUGCGGGUCAGUUCACUCUCUGCUACGGUUCCAUGGUCUGUGUGUCUGCCGUGGCAUUCCUUGCCUUUGCUGGCGAUGUCAUGAUGACAUACACGUACAAGCUUUUCCGGUUGUACCAAAUGCACAUGACCCAGCCGUUGUUGCAGGCGGCCGACGUGAGCAUCCCCCAUGCCAAUGCCAUGAGCAGUGGCUUUGCCAAUUAUUUGGUUGAUACCACGUACGCCUCUUUGGACCCCGACGCUUCCUCAGACAUGGUGCUAGCGGUGUUGCGGUUGCUGGUGAUGUACUAUCGCGCGAGAUUCAUCAACUGCAUACAGAUCCUCUACUUUGCCUGUUUGGUGUUUGCACCCAUGACGAUGGUAUUGUUGGUGUCGAUCCGCCGCUGA